ACUUUUUUAAAAUGCGCUGUUUAGCGAAAAAAAGUACUUUUGCGUUUUUUGGUAUACGUUUACGAUACAACUCUGUAACCAGCGAUUUCGCGUAAAUAAAGAAAAUAAAAAUAAAUAGGAAAAACACAAAUCAUCUAUUUUGUCAAAAAAUAGUUCUAAAAGUUUUAUAAUAAGGAAAAGGCGGAGUUAAUAAAUUUCUUUUGUACAAAAAUAACAACAGAACACGGAAGUCAACAAUAUAAACUUUUAUUCAAGGCCCCAAGGACGUACUACUCCAUAGUGCUUGAUGUCUUAAAAAGUAAAUAAAACCUAUUGCUUUGUAUAAAGACACCAACAUUCCAAUUGUAGUAGGAUUGAAAACCUCAAAAUGGGAACCGAGGAACUCGGGUCAGAAUUGCAAAAGUUGAAAAUUAAUCCAUCACAUGCACCAUUACGUCAAUUAAUGCACUGUAACAUACCAAGCUUAUUAAAUCCAUUUUACAAGAUUGAAUCUAGUGACAGUUUACAUUUGCAAGACGAAAAAAGUGCCAUACUCUAUCCCCACGCACAACAUAGUCAACACAAACAAAAACGAUGUUGGCGCAGAUGUCGUCCUCGCCAUAAUUCCGAAAGUGUGGCCGAUGACUUAAAAAAUGGGGGAAAUAAUAUUGUUGAUACAACAAAUAUGGAAAAAUUAAGUGUAGUACGUGAUGUUCCAGGAGUGCAGCGCUGUAGUUUUAAAAAAACAAAUGCUGUAACGAGCGGAAAGCGCAGGACUGUAUUAUCCCCGCCGGUACUGGAUGCAUUGCAUAACAAGUUCAAUAUUCAAUCGCAAACUUGUUAUCGUCGUUCAUUGGAACGAUCUCUUGAUAAUGAAGAGUGUAUUUUAGGUAAUGACACUGGUCAGAAGACUGAUUCAUUACACAAAAAAAAUGAUAUCUACGAUUUUCGAGAUUUAAUAGUAGGAUGCGAAUCGUUACUGCUACGCAAUGCCGAUUUCAAUCAACAAUUCAAAAAGAUGAAUAUAAAUUUGCGUAAUAAUUCAAAAAUAUUUACAACAAUACAAAAAUCGAAAGAAACAAAUAGCAAUACAAAAUCUAAUAAUGGUUGUGAUAGUAAUAGUAGCAUUGAUAAUAAGCAUAUAGUAUCAAUUAAUAGUAUUACUACACGUACGACUUCACCAUCGCGAGCAAGUACAUCAUGUUCCCAACAGGCUGGCAAUGGUGCCAAUACUACAGGAAGUACUGCCAUCGAUGAUGUCACUGUGGAUGAAUUAGCCAGUUAUUUCGAUACCUUCGUACAUAUACCGAAAAAAAUGUCUCAAAUGGCUGAGAUGAUGUACAUAUGAUAUGGAAAUACAAUGAAUAUCCCAGCAAUCACUGUGUUUUUAAAUUUAUAAUUAGCUCAAUGUUUGAUAGCCGAAUGAACAAUAAUGUUGAUACGAAUUUACAAAAUUUGAAUUACAUUUUGAAUUAAAAUUAAGGAUGCAGAAACGAAAAUCUAAAUCUUUGUAUAAAUACAUGUAUAUAGUUUUUAUACUUGGACCAUAAAAACUAAUAGAACUAAUAGAAUAGAUCUAUUUAACAUAUGUUAAUUUUUUUUUGUAAUAUUUAUCAAUUUUGUUAAAUUUAAUUAAGCUUUGUCUCUUACAGUCUUCAUUUUGUAAUUCGAGGCUUAUAGUUAAUAAAGUACAUUUAUAUUGACUUGUAACCAAAUGUCGAAAAUAUAACACUUGAUCAUAAGUUAAGUUAAGCAGUAAUCAUUAAAUGAGAUAAUCAAAUAUUUGCGGUAUUUAGUGACAACAAUCCAAACAGCAAAACGAAUUUGAACAUUUACCAUAACCUAACAACUGGAAAAACAUUUGUUAAACCAAAAUGUAUGGUGCACUGCCUUCAUUAAUGAUCUUAAUGGAAAACAGACUAUUUAAAAGAAAUUGAUCUUAUUAUAAUCGGAACAGAAGUGCAAUUACCGUAUGGAAAUAUCUAAUAUAUGCACGUGAUAGUACUGACAAACCGAUUUAUCAAUUCCCAAACAAAUAGAAUAAUGGUACGAGAUAGAACCUUAUAUACAUAUGUUAUAUAGAAAAACAGAAAUAAAAUAUAAUUAGUA